AUGGGCAGUUCGCAAAGCAGCCUCGCCCUCGCUGUGGCCGUCGUCGGCGGUGGCGCUUUCGCUGCCAGCUACGUUCACCGCUCGCGCUCCGCACCACAGCAGCCCACGAACGCAGCCAGCGCACCCGCAUCCGCACCUGCACCUGCACCUGCGUCUGCGCCUGUGCCUCCAUCUGUCACCAAGGUAGAACCGGGCACGGGUGCCAGCACAGGUGCUGCGAAGAAAAAGAGCAGCAGCAGCAAAAGGAAGAAGCAGGCUUCCGCGCUCUCCGACGACGCCUCCUCAGCGCCGGCGGUAGCCGCGCUCAGUCCGCCUGCGAUCGCUUACCCCGUCUCUGUGCCCGGCGCAUUCGAGUCUGCGCCUCCCACCCCCGUCCCCGCGCCUCCGGCGCCAUUGAAAGGCAAGAAGACGAAGAAGCGAAAGAAGGGGUCGAAGACAGCGGCCGACGCGUCGACCGCGAGGCCCGGCGACGCGGACGACGAGUCAAAGCCUGCGGGACAGGCCUCUGGGGCGGACUCAGAGUCGGAGGCGUCCGAGGUCCCGCCAUCUGCCCCUCCCGCUCUACUCGCGCCCAAGGCCAAGCCGAAGGCCGCGCGGCCGCAGCCGCGCAUCUCGCCCUCUGUAGUGGCAGCCGUCGCUGAACCGGCUGAGGAGCGGUGGACUCGCGUCGAGUCCAGGCGGAAGGUCAGGAGCGAGCGCCCGGUGACGGCAGACUCGACGGCGUCAACGGGCGCUGGUGGGGACAAGCCCGCGACGGGCGACGUCGGUACUAGUGAUGCAGGCGUCACCACCUCGGUCACCGGAAACUCGUCACCUGUGACAGACCGCACGACAGAGGACGAAUUUCUGAGGUCUGCCAUCGACGAGACAUCCGCGACCCCCGUGCCUGUGAAGUUGCCGCCGGGUGAGAUGCCGGGGACAGGAUAUUCGUGGGACGGUUAUGAGGGCGUGCAGGUGGAGAACGACGUGUCAGGGGAGGACGAUAGCGGAUGGGGCGUCGUGCGCAGCAAAGGCCGCUCAAAAGUCAAUUCAGGCUCGGGAUCGCAGGCACAGCCGGGCCGCAGCUCGAUAGCGCCCGAGUCGAUGACAAAAAAGCCGAGGCAGAACGCGGCGAAGCGGGAUGCGCAGAAGCAGGCGAAGCUGGACGCGGAGGCGGAACGACUUGCGGUGCUCGCGAAACAUAAGCGGGAGCUCGAGCGCGCAAAGAUGGCAGAGCAGUUUGGGUCGGGAAAGAGCGCGAGUAAGGCAUAG